AUGGUAGUGAAGUUAUGGGCCUGUGGCGUCCAAGCCAUUGCCGCCUCCAACCGUAUCAGGCCCGGAGGUUCGACGGCGCAAACAGCUACUCCAAUCUCGAGAAGUUUUCUCUUGCUGGUCAUGAAGGCCAAGUCCACAGAGAAAAGAAGAACCGCGAAACAGUUAAUCAAUCAAGAACGAAAGCUCAGUACCGUCUGCUCCAGAACGAUGGCAGCCAUGUCGUUGGGUUUCAUAGUCUUGGUAACUCCCUGGACGAUACAGGAGGUGGUAGCCGCGUGUACGGGUUCGCGAGCCCCACCUUCCCUUGACUUUUUAGCCACGUGGUUGGCCCUAAGCAAUAGUUUCUGGUACCCGUUUAUCUACUGGACGCUCAACAAUCAUUUUAGAAGAAUAAGUAGGGAAAUAUUUAUUGGGCUCUUCUGUAGGAAGUCCCACGAACGCAAACAACACCAAUUCCAGCACUACUGCAACAACACCCCGUCGCCCAACUUCCUGGGCCACACUCCCGACUGCGACCUGGAACGCCUCUCUGAAAAAUACUGGGGCGAAAUCCUGGAACGCACCCUUUCAUCCACUUCAUUGCACGCCUUGCAGAGGGCGUGCUCACCGCCCAGG